GCGUCACCUGCUGUCAAGCACAGCCUUUUUGAGCGGGUAGGUAAUGCAGAUUACUGUAAUAUUCUAGCCAGACUCCACAAGGAAUCUGAAAAAAAUAGGCUUACCUACAAUAUCUGCUUCCUUCUUCUUAAAAGCAAUCGUAGCUUAAGACAGCAGGUAAUGGUGGCAUACGUAGCACUGCAAAAGUAGGAGCAAAUUGUCGCGAUGUGUGAUGGUGCAGUGGGCUUUGCUGUGCAGUACCGUGAAGAAGCGUAACAAAGUGUUCUGCGCCUGCUGUUGCUGCCGCCGCGUUCUCCGUGUUUCUUUUUGCGGGGGAAAAAAUACUCCUGCAAGACGUGGGUAGUUAACAAAACUUUAGCUAAUGUUAUCGUAAUAUCUCGAAUGAGUGGCGAGUAGGUGAAAUACCCGUAUGGAUGAAAAAUCCACACAGAGAAAAACACGAAUAUCGCCCAAAGAUAAAUGCACAGCAGGCUUCAGAAUAAGAUGUGCUGAUUAGUGCGAGUGAGACAGCAGGUGUUGAAAACCCAUACGCUCAGCAGAAGGCAAGCCGUGUGUAUUUCUGUCACCUUUGCGUGAGUGUGUUUCUGCGUGCUUUAACGCACAGCACUAUUGUUUUGCUUGGGUAUUACUUGCUGUAUGGUAAAUAACCAGGAAGGAAUCAAAAGCAUCUCAAGCCUAUCGUGUAGCGUGGCUACCGGUCGCAAAUAAUUGUCCAUUCUGAAGGCCUACAGACAACGAAGCAAUGGAAAAACAGGCUAGGAAGCACGCAGACUUAUCGCCUAGUGGCGGAGGUAACACUCCAUCGUCCUCGAGCAGCAGCACCAGCAGCAAAACCAGAAAGAACAACCCACUGAAGAAAAAAGAAAAGGACACGGAAGUAAUGGGCCGACCCUCGCGGAACGAGAUGUUAAAUGCAGAUCACGAAGUUUUCAUACAGGCUUUCGAGAAACCCACGCAAAUCUAUCGAUUUCUUCGAACGAGAAAUGUUCUGAAGCCAAUUUUUCUGCACCGCAAUCUGACCUACAUGCGUAAUCGUAUGUCCCGAUCUCACAAAUCCCGCCAGUCUUUCAAAAUCGACUCCAUGCUUGCACAGAAAAUGACCAAACUGCGUUCGGAAAAGUCCAACGAUCUAACGAUGUCCGACGGUUACUUGACGCUAUUUUUUCUCGGAUUUUUCGACGAGAGGAAUCAAACGAUGAGAAACGGUGCCGAUAGCAACGGGAUCGUGUUGCCGCUGAAAAGCUCAUUCACCGAAGAAACCGACGACAGCGAAAACAACUCCGAUUAUGAUCGCAAAUGUGUACAGGUCGAGACGAAUUUACUCAAGAUAGCACACACCAAACGCAAAGACAUGACUGCCACCCAGAUGCAGUUGACCGUCGGAAAGUCGCAGGUGCUGGUAAACCCGAAAGACGAUCAGCAAUCGAUUGCUAGCAGUAGCAAUGGUCUUGGUGUCGAUGAAAAACCACCGAUCGUGAGCAUACCGACGGAUUCGUUCAACACAAAUGGUGUUACGAGCGCAGUGACUGGUCCUCAGGUGUCCUUCAUUCUGCGCUUUCGCGUGCAGUAUAUGGUUCCGAGCUCGAACGGAACCAACGAACAACACUAUUUGACAAAUGGUACCGUAAGCGAUGGCGAGGAACCGUCAGCUAAGCGACAGAAGCUGCACGGUCAUUGUAAGAUGUACAGCACGGAAUUGACACUGUUCGAUAAGUAUGGUCGCUGUCUGCUCAAGGAAGCCGAUUACGAGCUGGCGGUGAGGGAAAUCAUAUCACAUCAAAAGGUGGUCACAGCGAAGUAUGGAUCACCGAUGAAGAGCCGCUACUGGGGUGCAUUUACCGAUUCGUGCGAAAUUAUGGACUAUAUGCCUUUGGACGACUGUAGCAAAAGUGACGCAGUACCACCGACCAGUGAAGAUUUUAUCGAUCGCUACGAGGAGAUGAUCAAACCCAUUCUCAAAGUUCGGCUGCAGUGGACCAAAGAACCUCCGCACGCUUUCGAAACCGCCGGUGCCGAAAUCAAGAUGGAGAACGGGUAUAGCGAUAAGGAGAACCACAAACCACCGUCCCCGUCGGCGACGGACUCGUUCAAGAAAGGACUGAAUAUCAACAUUAACAAUAAUAGCAUUCUAACGCCAGCAGCGGCAGCUGGCCACCUAGAUGACGUUGAUCAAUCGCUGAGCGAGGGCAACGAUGCGGAAGAUUCAUCGAUAAACGACGUUAACGCAGAUUUGGCCCUUGUGGCUGCUAAAUUGAGUACGCCAAAGAACGUAAACGAAGCAAAAGUUGUUGUCUAUCACUUCAUGCACAACAACUUCUCGCGCCAGCAAACGGAGAAUAUGGACAGAUUUACCUGCCCGUGGUGUUGCCUAAGCUGUGGCAUGCUUUACUCAUUGCUGAAGCAUCUGAAGCUUUGCCACGGACGGUUUAACUUCAACUAUGUGCCCAUCCCGGAAGGUGCCCGUAUCGACGUAACGAUCAACGAACUGUAUGAUGGUUCUUACAAUGGGUCACCACACGAUUUGCUCGUACCGAUGACAGCUUAUACGGUGCGUGAUCCGUUACGCCGGACGGUUGUUACCAAUCUGCUAGUGUGCCGCCCACGGCGACCGAAGCCGAGUCUUGCGGAGUUUAUCGAUAACGAUGAAAACGAAUUCGAUAGCCAGCGACCGUACAUUACAGGUCACAGCAGAAUGUACCAUCACACCAUGACUUGCCUGCCGGUGUAUCCUAGAGAGCUUGAUAUCGAUUCGGAAGGUGAAAGCGAUCCGCUGUGGCUGCAACAGAAAACCAUGCAGAUGAUUGACGAGUUUACCGACGUGAACGAAGGCGAGAAAGAGCUGAUGAAGAUGUGGAAUCUGCACGUGAUGAAGUACGGAUAUGUCGGGGAUUGCCAGAUACCGAUCGCGCUAGAAAUGUUCAUCGAUCUCCGUGGGCGCGAGCUGAUGGCGCGCAAUCUGUAUCGUAACUUUGUGCUUCACAUGUGCUCGAUGUUUGACUUUGGGUUGGUAUCGGCCGACGUUAUGCAGCGUAUCAUUCGGAAGCUAAGGAAAAUUCCAGCAAAUGAUACGGAACUGCAACAGACGGUAAAACAAGCGAGAACUGAGCAAAUGAACUACUGGAACAAUGUGACCGUACAUAAGCAGCAGACGGUAAAGACGGAACUCAGAAACGGUAACGGAGAGCGCACUGCCGGUACAGGCGCGAGCACGUCCAUUUCGGGAAGUUCGUCGUACCAUCACCAUCAACACCAUAAGUCGGGUCACGGUGUCAGUGGCAGCGGUCCAUCAAACACCGGUGAUGGACAGCAACGCAAGGUUAAGCCUACCAUCACGCCAGCGAAAAACACGGAUCCCGGAGCCAUAUUACCAAGAAGCCGCCGAAGUGCUAGUAACAUGGCAAAGGGAGGUACGCCGACCAGUGGCAAAAACGGUGGCUCCGUCACGCAAUCAUCAUCAUCAUCCGGCAAGGCUACUAAUGCGCCUUCACAUUCCACUACCAUGAUGGCGAAACCACCAUCAGGUUCAGGGAAAGCAUUAUCAUCCUCACAAUCUGCCACGGCUGGCAGGAAAUCAUCAACCGCUACUAAAUCCACUGCCUCCCCUUCCACUUCAUUCGCCAGCACAAACCAGAACAAACACCAGAACAAUCAUAACCAUCCGCCCACAUUUUCCCCUAUAAUGACCCGAAGGAAAUCUCUUUCUCUAGGUUCGCAUCUUCUGCUUCGAAAACGGUCUCUCAACUGAUGCUGGCUCUAAUUGCGGGCUGGUGGAACACUGGGAAGGAUUUUGGGAAGACGCGAGUAACUAACAAAUAACGGAAUGGGAGAUGGAAUGCGACAGGAGGGGAAAACGUAUAUUUUAACAAAUGUACAUUUAGGGCUGGUGAACGGCAGCACACAGUGUGGGAUUGCACGAUCGUAACUUCGUUCGGAUAGCAUAUUUUUAUACAUACGUACUAGCAUGUAAGAAAGCAACAGUUUAAGAUGGUACGCUAACGGUAAACAGGACUAUGAGUAGUAGCAAAAAUGGUUCUUACGACAAGCUCUAAAGUGGUUAGAGACAAUGAUGCAAAAUUGUUGCUUGUUAGGCAAAAGAACAUGAAGAUGAAACCGUGUCGAUAAACCAGUGAAAAUCAGGCAAAAUUGAAUAUGGAAUUUUUUUUUGUUGCAUUCUCCAGAGUAUGCAGCUACAAUUUAGCUUCUCUUUUACAUGGAAUAUAACGAUUAGGCACAGAUAAAAACAAACUUAUAUGCAGGAAUAUUUCUCGGGAAGUAGUGAAAAUAAUUAGAGAAAGCUAUUAUGUAGUUAAGGCAUAUAUAAAGUGUCUUUUUGAGGAGUGACAUCGCGUGGUAGAGUAAACAAUUGCAUAUACCUCGGAAGGAUGCGGGCAGAUGUUGCGACCGUGACAUUGUUCUCCCUUCGUUGUCUCUUUCCCAUUAGCCAUUAGUUUUUAUUUUCUCGUUGUCUAUGGUAAUCAAUUAUUGUGGAAAGGUGGACAGCUAGCAAAGGAAGGCUAGAUGGUGUGUCCAAGCGCUAAGAAAGGAAUUAGAGGUAUAGAAGGAGAUCGUGUUCAGGCUCCAAUCACUGCCAUUUGUCCAACAACUCCCUCGUACAGGCACGAUAACUAUGACUGAUUGUAAAAGCUAGGGGGUGUUUAGUGAUCCAACAGAACGGACUGCACGGAUUGUUUAUUUUUCAGAAAUGUUUUUUUUUUAAUAUAUCUUUUAUCCAUUCAACAAGUGUUGCAAUUAGUUUGACCUACGUUAGAGAUACCGGUGUUUUUCGAUUGCGUUGAAAUUGGUUCACAUCUGUGCGUUGGAAGCAGCUUUUGCAUCCUUAUUUUAAUCUACUUGCGUACCGUAGUGACAGAUUAUGCUGGGCAGAAAAAGAGGCCUCCCAAAACCGAACUAUUGCGGAACUCAUGUAUACAAUGUAGCCAGAUAUUUAGUUCUUCUGUACGUAUGGCCGAAUGUUUAGCUCGCGAUUAAAGGACCGUUCUGCAAGCUUUUUUAAUGCCUUCUUUAUUUUUUGUGACAGUCUCCUCACAAGAAGCAGUUGUUUUUUUACAAGCUAACAACCCACAAAUAAACGGAAAAGAAGAUACUAAAAGGAAGGUUCGUACGGUAAAAUUGUAGUUUCAUUUACGGAAUAGGAGUAUGUGUUUUACGUUUCCCUUUAUUAGCCCUGCCACUGUUUUUAGUGUCGAAUUUGAACAAAGACGCAAUAAAAAGAAAAAUUUAGAUGAACAAUAUUGAAAAUAAGAAA